AUGUCUAAGAAAUUAAAAGAAUUACAAGAACGAGAACUUCAAACCAAGCAAAUGGAAGAACAUCAAAAACAAGAAUAUAAGAGAAAGAUUAAAGAAUUACAAAAGAAGGUUCGAGAAGAGGAAUUGAACAUGCUCAUGAGAAUGCAAGAACGAUUACAAAAUGAAACUGCAGAGAGACAAAAUGAAAUUGCCAAUGAAAUUGAUCAAUUCAUGAAGACUCAAAAAGAGAAUUAUGAAAAACAAUUGAAGGCUUUUUCUAAAGGUGGUGGUGCUGGUGGUGGUAAUACAUCGAUGACUCCACCAACGACGAGUACUAGUACUAGUACUGGUAGUACUAGUAGCGCCAAUCUAUUGAGCACAGACUUUUCAUCAUUGGCAACCAUUUCAAAGCCUAGUGCAUCUCAAUUGAAAUUACAAGCCAUAUUUCAAGUCAAAACAUUUGAUGAUAUUUCAUUUAAACCAAUUGGUAUUGAUGUAUGGAAAUGUGGUGGUUUCUUACAUUGCUAUUUCAUUAUUGAAAGAGGUAUAUUGAAAGUACCAACGAGAAAGAAUGCCAAUACCAUUACCUUCAAGAAUAAUCCUGAAGAGUAUUUAAAGAUGAAUCCAAAGGUUCCACCUCCUCCUGGUUAUAUUCCUCCUCCACCUCCAGUCACAGCAUCUACUCCUAUUGUAAACACAGGUGGUGUAUUCAAGAUGAAUAUCACUCGAAAAGAAACAUCCUCUUUGGAUAAAUUUGAAAAAGCAUCGAGUGGUAGUGGUGGAUCGAGUGGUGUGAUUGAUUUGAAAGAUAUUUUGGCUCAAAAGAGUAAACUCAAAGCAGCAACACCUAACACUGCAACGACGAACAAAUCAGAACCAUCAACACCUAUUGGUAUGAGUAAUACAUUAUUUACAUCUCUACAAAUGAGAAGAAAACAAAUGGCAGCGGACAGUGACGACGAUGACGAUACGGAUGAACACAACUCCACAACUCUCAAACAUGAUACGAAACAAACAAAUCCAAUGAUGGCCAUGCUUUUAUCACGAAUUGAAAGAUUGAAGAGAGAACAAAAAGAAAUACUCGAUGAGGAAGCAUGGGAAGAGGAAUUUGGAACAAGUGCAUCGAAAAACAAGUUUCAAGGAGGUGGUGCUGAGAGCUCUGAUACGAGUACUAGUGAAGAUAGUGAUUGGUAA